AUGGAGCCGUUGUUCCAGUUACAAGUGCAGGACAUCGAUAUUUUGCUGCCUAGCAUGAAAGAGAGACUUAUGUUACACGACGAGCAGGCUCAGAUUACGUGCAUCGACCGAAUAUCCAACAUGUUCAAAAGUGGUGGCGCUGCGAGCAGAGAGGCGGUUCUUUCAAAGUUGAUCAAAUACGACGUACUCUCUGCUAUAUUCGAUAUUCUACAAACGCCAAGUGAUAAUCUAUUCCAACGUAUUCUCGAUUUUCUGAGCUUGGUAACCGUGUGUCGAAAAUUUUACGAAAGUCACGUGGCCAGUGACGUCAUGGACACCAUAUUGAAAGUGACAGUUUGCAUCGUGAAGUCUCGGUGCAAGGAAACUGAAUUGUUAGAGAAACUUAUUUCGAGCAUUUACGAUGUAAUUUACAGAGGGAUAGAAUUUAACGUGGAUUUAGACGCAGUCUGCGUCCCGCGGCAAGUUCUGAUCCUUGUGGAAUCUUUGAUCUCGGGGAAUCCUUUGGAUCAGAGGAUAAAGUUCGCUGGCGUCGCGCUGCUCAAUUUCGUUCUCGAAAACAUCGACGCGGAGGAUGAAUGGGAGGACGGUGUGUUCGAACUCUGCCACAAAGCUCUCAAUUUAAUGAAAGAGAUCGUCGAGUACAGUGACGACGACGUCUUGGUCUCGCGUGCUGCCGAUGCAUUGUGCGCUGUUUGCGCUUCUGCCACUCGAUUGCACGUCGCGAAAAGCGACACUCAAGAGUUUUUCAACAAGAUUCCACGAUGUCAAGCGGCGCUGGCGAAAUCGAUCUACGCGGCGGCGAUGAACACGUUGGUGUCUUACGUUAAAAGCACGGAGUCAAACGAAACGGACAGGGUCAAAUUCCAGAGAAACCUCGUGACUUGUCUGAACAACCUUUACAAGCUGAGCAGUAGCUGCGGCCGCGACAACUUGUCAAACCACUUGACCGCCAACGGAUAUCUGAAGUACUUCUUGCUUUUAACCAGCAGGCUUCCCGAGAACCUACGACGUAGCACUUGCGUGUUGCUAUCGCGGAUCAUAACCACUUUAUCCGAUAAGUCUACGUCGAUUGGCCAGUGGCCCGAAGGCGAGACUAGCUUCGAGAGCCUAAUACAUCGUGGAUUAUUGGAUCUGCCAAGAGAUCCUCAGCUAUGGAGAGACGUUAUAGCUCGGCGGCCAGGAAACAGCCCCGUGGCCUUGAUGACACUAAUUUACUAUCACUAUCACGGAACCAGAGAGAACGAUAUGAUAUGCUUGAAAACGCUGAUCGCUAGGACCGUCAAUCUGGCUAAAUCUGAACAGACGUCGGCGCAAAUUUUGAAAGUUUUAUGGUUUCUGUUUGCCGUCGCGUCCCUAUCACAUCCAUCACCGAGCUCGGAACAGGAUUACGACAGAGCCGUGAAACGAUUGGCAGCUGCGUUGCAAUAUUCCAGGCUCAGCGAUUGUUACACUCACCAUAUAGACCUGAUGCAUUAUUGCCUGGAAUGCGCCAAAUUCCCCAAGGAUCUGCGGAACAGAGCGUUGGACCUAUGGCUGGUGGAGUCCGACGGUGAUAUUAAGCCUCUGUUGACUCUCGAUUGCACCAAAGUUGUGCAACAUUAUCUAUUGCUAGCUAUCCAGAGCGGAUACUCAACCGACAUAAUCAACUUGGCUAUGAAAGGGAUCAGAGAGAUGAUACGCAUGGACAAUGCCAAGGAAGUGGCAGAAAUAGCCUGGCACAUGUUGCCCAAUCUUCUAUCAUCCUACAAACCAUCGAAAGACGAGCAAGUGAAAGCAGUGUUAGAGUUAGCCAAUGUGUCCACUCCGAGCUGUCUGGAGCAAAGCGCGAGGAAUCGGUGCGCGGACAGUUUGAUGGCGAUCGCGGUGAGAAGAGAGGCCGACUCGAAUCUGAGAACUCUGGCAAUAAUGCAGUCGUACUCGUUGCUGGUCACGUCCGCGGCGAUCAAGCCGUUCACGAUUCUCGAGAGGUAUUGCACGACCUCGAGCUUCUUGGAGGAGUUGCACGUCCAAGGUUUCUCCGCGGAGACGUCGCAGUUGUCCGCCGUUUGUCUGAAAGUUCUGGCGUUUAUCGUUCACUGUCAGGAAAAAUCGUCCGUUCAGUGCGAUAAGCCGGUGACGAUUGACGUGCAGAGCCUAGCCGAUUUGCUGUUCAAUACGAGGAGGUCUGUCCACUCGGCGAUCAAUGGAAUGCAACUCACGCUGGAACUUUUGACUCAAAAUAUCGACGGAUCGGCCGUCAGGCUCGACCUGGUCAACGACGAGCAGGUCGACGGUGUUAUCAACCUCUACGAGACACUUCACAUCGUUCAUGCGAUUUGCGACCCAUCAAACAGAGACACCGUCUAUCAGUGCCUGCAGGGUGUCUUAACAUUCUGCCACCAGCGCGUAGAAUCGCUAAUGUACCACUUGUGCAGCCUGAUGAGCAACCACGAUAUCGUGUCGACCGUUCUAAGAACAGGCUACGUGUCCACUCAGUUUCUGGAGUUCGUUUCCACUUGGUUACGCUAUCGAAGGAGAUACUGCGCCGACGAGGGACCUUGGAACGAGAGAUCUAUUUGCAAGACACCGUUCGAGGAGACGUUCGACCGAAUCAAGAGCUACGUCAACUCCGUGAAAGAUUCCAAAGACGACACCUCGUUCAACAUCCUUCGCUACGCGCUGUCGCAAUAUAAGGAUUAA